AUGGAGAUACAGAAAGGAGCCGAGCUCUGCUUUCCACAACUCCUCAACAAUUCCUGCAGGAAGCCGUCACUUCUCUGGUCCAAAGCUGUCCUCCUGAACAUUGUGCUCUCAUGUAUCUCUGUGAUCACUGCUGCUCUAAACCUUCUCGUCAUCGUCUCAGUCUCUUACUUCAGGCAACUUCACACACCCAGUAAUAUCCUCCUCCUCUCUCUGGCUGUCUCAGACUUUCUUGUGGGUCUCCUGUUGAUGCCUUUAGAAAUCUUUAGAAACACGACAUGCUGGGUACUUGGUGAUCUUAUGUGUUCUGUUUAUUGGUAUCUGACUGGCAACAUUACCUGUGCUUCAAUAGGGAAUAUAGUUCUAAUAUCAGUUGACCGCUAUGUGGCUAUUUGUGACCCUCUGCAUUACCCCUCUAGAAUGACUGUGGCAAGAGUCAAACAGAGUGUUUGUCUUUGUUGGGUUUUUUCAAUUUUUUACAUCACUCUUUACACAAAGGAUAUCCUAAUUGAACCAGGCAGGUAUAAUUCCUGUUAUGGAGAGUGUAUGUUUGUCAACAGUGAUAUUGUAGGGUUUGUUGACCUUGUUUUAUGCUUCAUUGUUCCAGUUUCUGUCAUCAUAGUUCUGUAUAUGAGAGUAUUUGUGGUGGCUGUGUCUCAGGCUCGUACCAUGCGCUCUCAUGUCACAGCUGUCACACUUCAGAGGUCACUGACUCAAACAAACAAAUCAGAGUUGAAAGCAGCCAGGACUCUUGGAGUUCUUGUAGUUGUGUUUCUCGCAUGCUACUGUCCAUUUUACUGUUACACUCUUGUGGAAGAAAACACUGUAAAUAAUCCAUCUGUAUCUACUGUGGUCAUUAUCUUUUACUUUAACUCUUGUCUAAACCCUUUGAUAUAUGCCUUGUUUUACCCCUGGUUUAGAAACGCUGUCAAGCUUCUUGUCACAUUUCAGAUCUUUAGGUAUGACAUAAAUGAAGUCAACAUAUUAUAA